AAAAUGGUUCCAAAAUAUGAACCAAACAAGAAACACGUGGAAACUCCAGAUAAGUCGAAACGGCUGGAACUGAAACGUCACAGAAGCAGUCAAGAUGGCACGUCAGCAGGGUGAUGUUGACGAGUUAUUUGACGUUAAAAAUCACUUCUACAUCGGUAAUUACCAGCAAUGCAUCACCGAGGCUCAAAAAGUGAAGCCCUCAUCGUCGGAUGUAGCCCUGGAGAGGGACGUUUUCCUUUACCGUGCGUACAUCGCCCAGAGGAAAUUUCGAGUUGUCCUGGAUGAGAUAAAUAACUCAUCACCAGUCAAUCUCCAACCUCUCAAGCUGUUGGCUGAGUACUUUGCGACUCCUGGAAAACGAGAUGCUAUUCUCAAUGAGCUGGAUAAGAAUUCUGGUAAUUUUGGAGAUAACCACAAUGGAAUGAUCGUCGCUGCGACUAUUUAUUACCACGAGAAGAAUCUGGAGUCAGCCCUGAGGGUUUUGCACAGCGCUGAGAAUCUCGAGUGCAUGGCCCUCACUCUUCAGAUUUAUUUGAAGAUGGACAGGUUGGAUCUUGCCAGGAAGGAGCUCAAAGCCAUGCAGGAGAAGGAUGAUGAUGCUACGUUGACUCAACUUGCUCAGGCCUGGGUUAACAUCAGCAGUGGAGGUGACAAACUCCAGGAUGCUUAUUAUAUCUUCCAGGAAAUGAUUGACAAACACUCCAGCACGAGUAUGCUACUAAAUGGCCAAGCAACUUGUUUCAUUGGUCAAGCUAAAUACGAAGAGGCGGAAACAGCCCUUCAAGAAUCCCUCGACAAGGACAGCAAUAACCCUGACACUCUAAUCAAUAUGAUUGUUCUGUCACAGCACAUGGGAAAGCCCCCAGAGGUUGCCAACCGGUACUUGAGUCAGCUCAAGGAUUCAAAUCUUGAACAUCCAUUUGUCAAGGAGUAUCUCCAGAAAGAAAUUGAAUUCCAGAGGUUGAAGAAUCAGUACUCCCUCUCAGCAUAAAUCCCCUUUCCCCAAAUUGUCUCAUUCGAUUGAAAAAAAAAACGAGUAGAGUAUGGGGCAUUCCAUUAUUAAAAUUACAGAUCACAACAGUGUUGCUGCCAUUUUGUAAUUGAACAUUUAUAAGAGACUAAUGAGUAAUUGAUUCACUGGAAAUAUUUCCUAUACUUUUAGUACGUUUAUCUCAUUAUAUUACCAUUAUAAUAUAUUAUAGUUACAAUUUCAAAUAAAGAGGAGAAAGUAUUCGAGAA